CGUUGUACUUUCCAUACUGAAGCGUUGAAUGUAUCCCCGCGAAAUGAAACUGGUUGGUGUGCUGUUAUUGGCAUUGAUGAGCGUUCUGGCUCUGGCCGAUGGCCCAUCGGAAAGUGGCGAGAAUGAAAUGUCCCGGAACAAUUUGCCUAUGUCUGCCAAUAUGAACAACUACGUCGAUAUUAUAAUGAUGCAAGUGGGGCCUUGGCUUAAUGAAAACUUUAUACCAAUUGACCUGCCAGAUGUAGUAGAAGGAUUUCAGCACACACCGAUUAUAAUCACCUAUCAUGGAGAGCUAGAGCUUACAAAUGGACUUUUCCACAACAUUCAAAGCGUAGUCCGCAGCGGACCAGCAGUAAUGCACUACGACGGAAAACUACUUCAAGUGAAUGUUGGAGCGACCCUAAGACAACUUGCCUUCACAUAUGACUACUCAGCCCACAUUAUGGAUCUUGGACCGAGCGGCUGGGUUGACGUUGACGUUGCCACAAUGACCUUCCAGUCCGAGUUCAUUAUCAAUCUAAAUAAUUUCUUCAUAUAUUUGGGAGACUUCAGAUUGACAAACAUGGGCUCGUUGAACAUCCGAUUCCGUGGCAACGUACUUGUGGACUGGUUGACCAACAUAUUCGUCAGUAUCAUCACCACUGUGUUUAACAACACCAUCACAAACGUUGUUUCGAACGCUAUGCGCGAGUUUAUUCAGGCCACUCUGGACGAAAUGAAUGCCCGUGUCCAAGCCCAGGGACGUGCCUUGAAUGAGCAGGAACUGGUCCAGCUCGUCCAUCAGUUGAAGACUAUGUUCUAGAAAUCUACAUGACACUGCUGGUUUUUUUUUAUAAUUUAAUACUUAUUUUGCUAGCAUUUGAGUAAUUGUCUUUCUUGAUUACAAGUUUCU